AUGGAUACGUGGAAAAAGCAGGUUGGCGAGAGGACGCCUGAGCAGUCGAGACACCCGUCGCCAGACCGACUGCAGCAACGCUUAAACAGGAUUUUUGACGAAUCAAGGACGAACAACAACCAGCUAUCGAGAGGUCAACAGGAGGCAACAUGGACUGCUUCAGUUCGCGCUGCCACAUACUCUGCAGAAGGGGGUCGGUCUCUGCCCAGCUCACCAACAAAAUCGUCGCGGCUACGGCCUCACGAGGACCGACCUCACAGCUCUUCCCAAGGUAUUGCGGCCUCGCACCGUCGUUCCAAAACCGACCUUCCGGGUCUUACGAAUGGGCCAUCGUUCCCUAUAGAUGGAGUAAGGACGACCAGCCACUCUUCUGACACGGACCCGUCCAAGCUUGAGGACGUGGAUCUGGGCGUCUCAACGGAGAAAACCAACGAGCCUAAAUCCAACCGCUCAAGCCGACUGUUCUCUGGACUGUUCCAAGGGGAAUCUUCACCUAUGCGAUUGGGUCUUAUUUCCUCCCCACGUUCGGAUAAGGGAGCUAGCGAUGACAUGAUGCAAGACGCCUCACCUUCCCUCGAGCCAUCAAGUCGCAACUCGUCCCCGUCACCCACCAAGCUGGCCAGAAAUAUGAACGUCGCGGCGCUGAGGCAGGUCGCUUCAGGAAACCCUUUCUCUUUCUUCACAUCAAAAUCCCAGCAAGCUCAAAAGGACUCGUUUCCAGAACCUGCCGAUGAUAAGCUAUUAAAUCUCGACAUAAAAUCUAUUCUAUCUCACCCUUCUUUUGCCGACCUCCCCCCUGAAGAAGCCCUUCAUGCCUUUCGAACCAACGCCGAAAAUGUCUUACGCGAAUUCCAAGAAGCUUACAAGCUACGAACUUUUGCAUUACAUGGAGCAGUAGCAGAGAAAAAUACACAAGCAGAUGAGCUCGAGGAUUCUCAAUCUCGGAUCAAAAAUAUCAAGUCUCAGCUUGACGGAAUGGCGGCUAGGGUGGUCGAACAGGACAAAGCUCUGAAAGCUCUGACGGAGGAACUCAAGGCCGAAAGACAAAAGUACCAGGACGAAAUGAAGGCUAAGCAGCAGCAACAACAGCAGAAACAACCAGAAGAUGCUGCUACGCCAACUCGGGAUUCUAAGGGUAGCCAUUCAAAGCAAUCCAGUGGCGUCACGGUUACCAGUGAUUCCGGUUUUGACUCUGGGGACGAGAGUGUUGCGGAAAGUGUGUUUUCCAGGGAAAAUGACGAUGGUGCAUCAGUCAACACCAGGUUCUCCACGGUCUCGGUGUCAAGCCCGUCUACAACGACUACUCUACAACCAAGCCCGGCUGCACCUGGGCCUACAUCCGCACCUGCAUCAAGUCCAAGUACCCCCAAAGCUACCCAGCCGGCAGCUCCACAACGCGAAAGCGCCUACGGAAGGGUUCUUAAAGGCAUAUCAUCAUCCACCUUCGGUUCGUCCUUCAACGCUUUGACGUCUUCUAGACUGAAAUGCCCCGAUUGCCGUGCCAAUGGCUCGUCAGACGCUUCAACCGUCACGAGUAUUCUAAGAGAGGAGAAUCGAUACCUAAAGAACCGCAUUGUCGAUCUUGAAGCCGCGGUUGACGAAUGUAUUUCUCUUGUUGGAGGAUAA